GGAAACUCACACGACAAUCAAAAAGGCACGACAGGACAGGAACACGAGCGGCAGUUCCUUCAUCAAUGUCGCGUAGAACAAGCAGAGCGAGUGGAAGUGGCGGCAGAUCGUCUGCUCUAAGCGAGAUUCGUCGACUACGAGAAGCAAAGCUGAAUGGAGGUGACGAUGACGUCGAUCCCAAGAAGAUCAGCCGCAUCGACACAUAUGAUGCGAAAGAGAGCAGCAUUUAUCAAGAGUUGAACGAAGAGGAGUACAAUGAACUCGUCCGAAAACGCCGCGAGGAGCUGCCUUUUGUUGAAGACGACGAGGGUGGGAUGGGAUACUACGACGAUGGCGAGGAACAGUACUUCGAAGACGACGGCGAUAUGGACGAAGAGUUGGUGGAGCCGGACGACUUAGACCCGAACAGCAAGAAGCGGCAAAGCUCCGGUGCGUUGUCCAGCGCGUACGUAAAGCGAGCCAAGCGCAUGCAGCGCGCAAAGUUGGGAACGGGAACUGAACAGAAGAUCACUCAUAUGUUCUUCUCGAAAACAAACGACAAACCGAGAAGUGCCCCCACAACUACCUCACGACGCGCCAAGCAAGAUAUUGAUCUUGACAGCAUGUUGGACGACUUGACAAACAACCCGCUGGAUGCAUCACUGUCUCGCACAAGAAAGCAGCCCAUGUUUACUUCUAGUCAAAGCACAUCAACGUCGCAACUGCCAUCAUCAUCCUCUGGUCGUCAAUUCAUACAGGAAUAUCAGCCAAGCAGCUCGACUGUCCAUCCCGACGACGACCAAGGGGAGGUCGGAGUUGACCACGGUUACGAAUUCGACGACGAAAACGACAGCUUGCACCAAAAAAAUGAGAACGCUGAUGCUGGCAUUGAAAAGGAAGAGCCCCGGCAGUCAGUCACGGCCACAGCACCGGUCGAAAAUGCGGAGGUUGCCCCUGUCGUAAGCAAGCGCGACUUGCUUCUCAAGAAGGCCCGUGAAAGCCGAGUGGAAGCUUCUGCAGCAACGGAGAAAGUGCUGUCGACCACCGUCGAUAGCCAAGCUGACGACGACGCAUCCUCUCACGACAAGCCGUCAAUCGGUGGGCUGCACGUCGGGUCUGUUCCAUCGAACGAAGUGGGCGAGUGGUGGAACACCACCGAUGUCGCUGUGGAAGAAUCCACCACACCCAUAGAUACGUCGACCGAUGGCGACCUUCAAAUCUUUUGGACUGACGCGGUCGAAGUGCGCGAUCGGCCCGGCAAAUUGUACUUGAUUGGCAAGACUAAAGACGGCCAAGGGUUCAAGAGUUGCUGUGUAAUUGUGAACAACUUGCAGCGGUACUUGUACGUUGUUCCCCGUGUACCAACCGAGAAGCAAGGAUUGUACCCCACCAUGGCCGACUUGCCCAAAGAAGCCCAACAAGAGCUGUGGAUGAAUAUGCACAAAGACAUCAGUUCGCUUCUCAUUCCAUCCUGCAUCACGGACCGCAAGGACCAACAAGCGUUUCGAACUAAGCUCGUCGAGCGCAAUUAUGCGUUUGAAUUGCCAGACCUUCCUCGCGGCAAGAACACGUACUUGAAGGUCAAGUAUCCAGCCAAGUAUGCAGCUCCGUCACCAGAUGUCUGCGCCAAGGGCAGAUCGUCGUUCGUUCGCAUCUGCGGCGGCACCGUGCGCCCUUUGGAAACAUUCCUCAUUCGUCGCAAGCUCCUCGGUCCAUGCUGGUUGCAGAUCCAAGGCGCCAAGCGCGUGACGACCAACCACCAAAGCUACUGCAAGGUCGAAUAUGAAACAUCGAGUCCGAUCAACGUCGUGCCUGUCCAUGGCAUUCCAUCUCCGCCGCUGACUGUGCUCAGCUUGAGCAUUAAGACCUGCUGCAAUCCCCAUUCUCACAAGCACGAAGUUGUCGCAUUCUCUGCUGUGACUGAGACCAACAUCAACCCGGAAGGAGGCAGCAAGGGAAAGGGCAAGAUCUCUCAUUUCUCUGGCAUCCGGCCGUUCAUGGCUGACUCGCAGCGUUUUCCAGAAUCGUAUGGCCCCGCAGCCAUGGCCAAUGAACGAUUCCGCACCCCACAGUCUCUCAGCAUUGAAAUGAACGAAAAAGCACUGCUCAAUUUUCUCUUGGCCCGAGUCCAGCGAGAAGAUCCCGACGUGAUCGUCGGCCACAAUUUGCAAGGGUACACCCUCGACGUGCUCAUGUCUCGGAUGGACAACUUCAAGAUGGGUGGGAUGUGGUCGCGACUGACGCGGCUGCGUCGUGGGUUGCUGGCGCCCAUGAACCAAGGCGAAGGCUGGAACGAAUACCGCUUGGACGACAUGUCCAACGGCCGCUUGUUCUGUGACACCUUUGUCGCCGCCAAAGAACUCCUGACGUCGCAGUCGACGUAUUCGUUGUCCCAUUUGGUGUCCACGCAACUCAACAAGUCGCGGGUCGAAGUCGAAAUGACCGAUAUUCCGGCCAUUUUGGCCUCUGGUCCCGACAACUUUGUCAAGCUCAUCCAGCACACACUGGACGACGCCAUGUUUGUCCUGCACUUAAUGCACAAGUUGGAGGUCAUUCCUCUGAGCAAGCAGUUGGCCAAUUUGUGCGGAUAUCUGUGGACGCGGACGCUACAAGCUAACAAACGAGCCGAGCGCAUCGAGUAUUUGCUUUUGCAUGAGUUUGAUCGGCCAAAGAGCAAGUUCAUCGUCCCAGAAAAGUUCCGCGACAACAAGCCCAAGUUCAGCAAGAAGCGAGAGCCGGCGGGAUACGCCGGAGGGAUGGUAUUUGCCCCGAAGAAAGGCUUGUACGACAACUUUGUCGUGCUGCUCGAUUUCAUGAGUCUGUACCCGUCCAUCAUUCGGGAGUAUAACAUUUGUUUCACAACGGUCGAGCGCAAUUUGAACGUCGCGAACGAAAAGCCGAGCGGACCUCGCAACCUUGAAGAUGACGACGAAGAUGCCGACGGCGAAGUAAUUGUCACGGUCGAAAACGACGUGCCGGCGCUACCGAGUGCUUCCUGUGCGGAAGGAAUCCUCCCACAAGUGAUUAAGCGACUCUUGGAGUCGCGCAAGCUUGUCAAGCAACAGCUCAAGGCCGAGUUGAAGGCCGGGAACAUCGAAAAAAGCUUGACGUUGGAUAUUCGCCAGAAAGCCAUUAAGUUGACGGCCAACUCCAUGUACGGUUGCCUGGGCUUCCGCUACUCGAGGUUUUAUGCAAAACCUAUCGCCGCCCUCAUCACGUCAACUGGUCGCCAAACCCUCCAGCGUGCCCAAGAAGUGGCUGAACAAGAGUGUGGCUACGAUGUCAUUUACGGUGAUACUGACUCGAUCAUGGUCGACUCUCGCAGCGAUAAACUCGAAGACGCCAAGCGCAUUGGACGGGAAAUCCAAGUCCAAUGCAACAAGCAUUUUAAACUCCUCGAGCUUGAAGUUGACUACAUUUUCAAGACGAUUCUCCUGCUCAACAAGAAGAAGUAUGCGUCGCUCGUGGUGAAGGAGCACAAUGGCGGAGUGACAUACGAAAAAGAAGUCAAAGGACUCGACAUGGUACGUCGAGAUUGGUGCGUGCUGUCCAAGGUUGUGGGGAACAACAUCCUGGACUUCAUAUUGUCUGGCAUUGGACGAGACGAAGUCGUCGAGAAGAUCCACGAAUACUUGCAAAGUGUCGGAGAAAACAUGCGAGCCGGCAAGGAGCCCAUCACGCAGUACGUGAUUACGAAGAGUUUGAACAAAGCUCCAGAGCAGUACCCAGACAAGGCCAAACAAUAUCACGUACAAGUUGCGAUGGCAUUGAGAAGCCAAGGCAAAGCAAUUGGUGUCGGCACUCAAAUCCCAUACGUCAUUUGCAAAGAAGAGGAGCCUGGAAGUCAACGUCGCGCAUACCACCCCGACGAAGUGUCGCGGUCGCAAGGAAAGCUCAACGUGGACAUUGAGUGGUAUUUGGAAGCUCAGAUCCAUCCACCAGUGAACCGUCUCUGCGCCCACAUUGAUGGGACCUCAAGUCCUCAGCUCGCGCAAUGCUUGGGCUUGGACACGAGCAAGUUUUCACAUUCGGUGCAAAACGUUGGCGAAGAUGAAAUCGACAUCAUCCCAAGUGUCCUGCAACACGACUCGGAACGCUUCAAGUCUUGUACUCCAUUGCGACUGACGUGCCUUAAGUGCAACCAAGAGAACAUGUUUCCUGGCGUGUUUGCGUCGCGGGCUACGCGGUACUCGUCUGGAUUGCUCUGUCCAAACGGCUCGUGCAAGGCCAACUUUUGGGGCUACGAUCAAGAAGGAAUUUAUGGACAAGUUGGCGACGAUUUUGCGGCGCUUCUGUCGAAUCGAAUGCACUUGGCAAUUCGCGACUGCACGAGGCGGUACUAUCAAGGGUGGGUCGUGUGCACGGAGGGACUGUGCAGCUCCCGCACGCAAAAGCAGUCUCUGCGUGGGCGUCGAGGGGACGCUUGUUCGGUCACUGGAUGCCGAGGAACGGUGUGCAUGGAGUACUCGGACACCGCUUUGUACACGCAACUCAAGUACUACGAAUCCCUCGUCAACGUCAACCACGCACUGGAGAACAUUCAAAAGGAAAAUUCUCGUCAACUUGGCCAAGAGAUUGCUGUGGGAGCCAUUCCCGAGUCGCAUAUGGCCCUGUUUGGAAAGUUGUGCCAGCAAAUUCGAGAGACGAUCGACCGCAACGAUUACAAUUGGGUCAAGCCGUCCAUGUGGACAUCCCUGUUUUCAUAGAAAAGCGGGCACAAGUAUACUAGAAAUCGACCUGCGUUUUUGUUUUAUGUCGGAUGCAAUGCGUUCCCGGUACUGCUUCAACUGAAGCAUGGCAGUGUUAGAUUGUUCAAUGGAGUCGCGGGUCGGCGUUUUCGACAUGAAGCGUGCGCCGUUUCUUGGGCGACGGGUUGUUGAGCAGGAUGAAGUGGCCUUGCUUGUUGAAGACGACGCUAUCGACCAUCUUGAUGCGCCCCUUGGCAAGCAUAAUGCGGCCCACUUCGACCGCUUCUGCUUCGCUCGUGACAAACUGGUUGCCGACCAGCGUAUCGAUCAUGGUUUUCGCCGACAAACACGCAAUCUCACGCUUGAACACGCCGACGCGAAUCCGCACCGGCCGAACGCACUGGCGAACUUCAUGCAAAAUCGACAUGAGUCGAAUCUCCUCGGAAAUCGGGUGCGCGCCGAGCAACGAGCUGCGACUUAAAUACUGCAGCACUUCGGGGAUGUGCCCGCACAAGAGUCGAAGUUGUUGCAAGGAAUGGGGCCAGAACUGCGGCUCGAAUGUUCGCGCGUGCGCCCGACUGCACCACAGCAAGAGCGACAGCUGAUAAAACGUCAACCGAUGGGCCUCCAUCGACACGCCUUGGUUGAGCAUGUUGUACUCGAGCAUGUUUGGGUUGAUGAUCAUGUUGCCAAAGUCGUUGAGCAAGACGGUGGUCCCGACUUCCGUGAACGAGUCCCACAACGUCCGAAGCUACAACAAGAGGUUGAGUGAUGCUGCAGGUUGACGGGGCCGUACCGGGGAGUGGCAGAUGGGGUCGCG